AUGAACCGCGCCGAUCUCCAUUCGGCCUUUACAAAGAUCGCGCUUUGGAACCAAACCCAAUUCUCCAAAAUUGUCUAUGUCGAUGCCGACAUCGUCGCGUACCGGGCGCCCGAAGAACUCUUCGACAUUGAUGCCCCCUUCUCCGCUGCCCCGGAUAUCGGAUGGCCCGACAUCUUCAACUCAGGUGUCAUGGUGUUGACGCCUGACGAAACGGAGUACGCCCGCCUAGCCGAUCUCGCCGACCGCGGCGUGUCCUUCGACGGCGCUGACCAGGGCCUCCUGAAUCAGCAUUUCGGGACCAACUACAACCGCAUCAGCUUUACCUACAACGUUACCCCCUCAGCUCAUUAUCAGCAACCACCACCGCGCGAUAGUAGACCUGAGGCGGAAAAGUUUCCAGAUACUCGAUACGAAAUGUCCCGAGAUACAACACCAUUUGUGCCUCCCGUCCGCUAUCCCAGUCCGCCGAGGGACAUGUGGUACCAGGUCCCCGUCGACCCACCUAAACCCACAGAGAAGCCUCGGGCCAUUUUCCCCUGGGAAACCAAUCAGCCGCAACCCACUCGCGUGUUUGCGGACCCUCCUCCGCCGCCCCCGUUGGAAACCGGCUUCGGAUCAUCACCGCCACCGAGAAUCGGCGGGAGCCCAUGGGGCCAACCUCGCCCGUGUCUGAAAGCGGGCAUAGCGUAG